AGCGCGGCGGGAAUUUACAUGACCCGAUCUCACCCGCUCGUGCACACUCUAGGGGAAUGUUGAAUGAUCUGUAAGGGAAUAAGACUGGAUUACAGAUCACUCGGGUUCAUCAGUGCUGUUGUGGGUGUAGUGCAGUGUUUAUACGGCUCACUGAGGGGUUGUGUUUUCUCUUUAAAAAAAAAAAAAGCUAAGUCUGUGCUGCAGCUCUGCAAAAGUUUAGAGAUAAUGAGCGAAAAGAGGAAUAAAACAGGAGCAAAGCAGAAAUCUAACAUCACACUGAAGUCUGGAGGCAAAAAGGAAGAGCCGUCCGAGUCGCCGUAUCACUGCUUUCAGGAUGAGGUGGAGCUCAGAAUGUUUCGAUCUCGCCUGCUGUCCUGGUACGACCGGACAAAACGGGAGCUGCCCUGGCGUACGCUGGCGGCGACGGAGGAGGACUCUGACGUCAGGACGUACGGAGUUUGGGUGUCGGAGGUCAUGCUUCAGCAGACUCAGGUUGCCACGGUGAUCAACUACUACAACCGCUGGAUGAAGAAAUGGCCGACGGUGCAAAAACUGGCUGCAGCUUCGUUAGAGGAGGUGAAUCAGAUGUGGUCUGGACUCGGGUAUUACUCGCGAGGACGGCGUCUGCACGAAGGAGCGCAAAAGGUGGUGCGUGAUCUUGGAGGCGAAAUGCCAAAAAGUGCUGAGAAACUACUGAAGCAACUUCCUGGAGUUGGACGAUACACAGCCGGAGCCGUGAGCUCCAUCGCACAGGGACAGGUGACCGGUGUGGUGGACGGAAACGUAACGCGUGUCCUGUGCCGGGUCCGAGCGAUCGGAGCGGACAGCAGCAGCGCUCCUGUUACAGACACACUGUGGAAGUUAGCUGACACGCUGGUGGAUCCGGAGCGACCUGGCGAUUUUAACCAGGCUCUGAUGGAGCUGGGGGCCACAGUGUGUACGCCCAAAACCCCUCAGUGUUCCCAGUGUCCCGUUCACACGCAGUGCCACGCCUACAGCAAGGUUCGAUCACAACAAGACCGAGACUCCCUGAGACUUCUGGGUAAAGUGGACUCGACAGCGAACGGCUCCGUACCUGAUAUCGAGAACUGCAAUGCAGCGAGUGCUGGAGGCUGUAAUCUGUGCUUGUCGGAGGACUGGGACACCGAGCUCGGGGUGCAGAAUUUCCCCCGUAAGCCUGUGAAGAAGGCGCCUCGUGUGGAGCGGACGCUGGUCUGCGUGCUGCGGAGGCAGCGUGACGCCGACGGCGAGACUCUCUACCUGCUCACACAGAGGCCCAGUAAAGGGCUCCUGGCGGGAAUGUGGGAGUUACCCAGCAUGCUCUUGGAGCAGGGCGUGUCUGAGAAGAAGCACAGGGACCUGCUAAGCGCUGAGGUGCUAAGGAUUGUGGGAAGUGCUCCGGAGUCCUUUCAGUACGUGGGAGAAGUGGUGCACAUCUUCUCCCACAUUCACCAAACCUAUGUAGUCUACAGCGGGAGUGUGUGUGAGUGUUUAGAGACACAGAGCGAACAGAAGAUCUGCUGGCUCGACCAAUCAGCUCUGCAGGAGGCCGCCGUGUCCACCGGGGUUAAAAAGAUCAUGAAGCUUUAUUACGAAUCCACAAGGUCGCUGAAGGACACACAGAAUAAGAAGCGAAAGCAGAUUACUGAACCUGGAAAAGAUAAAAAAGCCAAACGAGCAGGAGGUGCGGCUAACGGCGGCCUGAAGCAGCUCUCACUCAGCCACUUCCUCUCCACCUCAAAACCAGCGAACAGCUGAAGCUUACAGUUCAAUCAGACCUCACACUCGGACUCAUCAGUUAAUUCAGACCUCCCGGUCUGAUUCACUCGGAAUUCAACAAAUAGAUUUGAUUCACACCUCACGAUCCAAUUCAUGUUCCGACACAAGUCACUUUGGAUCUUAUAUUCUGACGCAUCGUUCAAUUCGAUCUCACUGUUUGAUUAAGAUCUCGUUAUCUUCCUCGUCACUUGAUUCAGAUUCGUCAGAAGACAAUUUUCCGAAUCAUUUCAUCAGUCUCCAUUCUACGUCUCGCUUCUUUAUAGUUCCAGUUUACAUCUACGUCUUUUUAAUAUAUUAAUAUUAUCUUUCAACAUAUUUCUGCAGAAUCCAAGUCAUUUUCCCUAAAAUUUGUUUAGUGAACAAGCAAUGCCCCAAACACGGAUGAUUUAUGAAUUUUGUAAUUGAAAUCAGUUGAAAAGAACGAACAUAAAGAAACGUGAUCAAUUAUUCUAUAAAAACACGGAAUCAAAGAAUCGAUUCUUUGUUCUGUAAACUUGAAGCUAGUUUUAUAUUCUUCGGUCAAAAUGUCAAGUCAUCAAAUAAUUGUCAAAUAAAUAAAUGUAUAAACUUUUUUUAAAUCAAUAAUGAAAGUAAUUAUAAUGUUGCUAUUGCAACGUUUCUCCUUUUAUCCGUGUUUCAUGUUUAAACCAUGUUUUAAAUGAUCUUAACCAUGUACAGUAUGUCAACUGUUGCUAUUGAUAUACUUCAUAAAUUACUUACUUAAAGGAGAAAUGCUCUGAAUGUUUAAUUAGUGAGAUUAAAGUGUUUGUUUGUUUGUUUGCUUUUACACUUUUAUAAUAAAA